AUGCGCUACAAUUCUCAUGUGUGUUUGCGUAGGCAAAGAUAUCAUAAACAAUGGUGUUGGUGGCCCGAGGUCGUCACCUACAACCUGUACUGGUGGUGCGUGUCGGAUGAAUAUGGGAAUUGUCCGCAAUUCAAAGAUGGCAAAGGGUUCCAGCAAUUGUAUGCCCGAAUACAGCAGAACGGUCCGUUUGACCUGAUUGGCUUCCAAGAGUGCGAUGACGUGGGCAAGAUCAUCAGCGGCACAUCGUUGGCCACCAGCUUCGAGUAUUACACACCCACCAAAGGUAACGAUGCCCCGAUGGCUUGGUCGCAUACCAAGUUUCGUGCCAUCGAUGGACCUGGAACGGUGUGGAUAGCGAAGGACAAAUAUGGCAACCGCAACAUGAACUGGGUUCGGCUGCAGGUCAUUGGAAGCAGCUCCAUUAUUUUCUUCGCGAACACGCACGGACCACUGGACCAGUGUGGGGGAUCCCCUGGUGAAACUGUGGCUUCAAAUUACAUCAAUGCGGUCUACAGCCAUAAGCAGCCAAAUGAUAUGGUGGUUUUCACGGGCGACUUCAAUUGUGGUAGCAAUCAGGACACGAUCAAAAAGUUGGCGGAGGCGUUUGAGCUCGACGCCACAGACAGCUCGUACAACGGGGCUGACCACAUAUUCAGCAGUGGGGGCGUCAAGAUCUUGUGGAAGGGCUCGAGUGUUGGGGCGCCUUCGGACCACCAGCUCCUCAAGGCAGUUCUGGAGUCCUCGGCACCGAGUCCCCCGAGCCCCCCGAGCCCUCCAACGGGCUGCCCGGUGCCGCCGGACAAUGGGGGUUGCUGCAUCAGCUGCAGCACCAACCACUAUUGCCCAAGCAACAAGGGUUGCUAUUCCACGGGUGAAAGUGGCUGUGCCGGUGGCUAUUGUCCUGCACCGGCUGUAGAAGAGGUUCUCGUUUGA